GAGGUCCACCUUUACCUGCAGAGGAAAUCUUGUCAAGUCAUGUUGUUGGAGGUUCAAUCCUGGUCACUGCAGGAAAGUGCCUUUUUCUUUGUGAAGAACAUGCAAGAUGUGUUGGAUUUAAUGUCAGAGCAAGUUUCAAUGAUGAAAACUGCCAGCUUACUAACGUCACUAAACGCAAAAAUAAAACAGGCUCAACGAAAGGAGAAUGGAAGUUGUUCCGUGAUCUGGAUGCGGUUUGUACAAUAA